AGUCGUUGAAAGUGAAACAACUUAUAUAUGCCUGGAGUCAGCAUUGUGCAGCGUGGACCGUGAUGGCCUUACCAUGGCCUUACGCGCCUGUUCAUUCACAACCCAAACCCAUCUACACGUACCGUAAGCAAGAGUACGUAUGUCACAGUGCGCAUAGGGGCGGUGAAGGAAUUGGCGGAUAUUCCGCCUUCACAGCCGCUUGACGACGCGGCGCACGCCGAGAAGGUACAGACCGCCUUACCGGCCUAUCUUACUCGACUAUAACGUUGAGUAUCCCGACAUAAAGGAUAACUUAACAGAGCUACUUCCGCAGUACCACUCUGAUCUCGCUACCAGGGAACCCACUGGGAGCCACCACGUUGGUGGAAUACCACAUCCCGCUACAUGCAGGCACGGCUCCAAUAUAUUUUUUAUUCACCGACAGUUGCUUCAUAGGGCAGCUAUAUAACAAAAAAUCCACAUAUUAUUUUAUUUUAUUGUAGUAGUUUAUAAUAUAAAAAACAUCCAAGAGGUCCUAAUAAAAAAGCUUAUUGCAAAAUUUGGUUCUUCACGUAUCCACGUUCUAUGAGAGUGACGAUACCUCAUUACACUACUUGCCUUGGACAGACCGACUCAAUCGGCGAUCGAAAUCUAGCCGACCACGUACGUCGGUCUGUCGAAGGUGACUGGCGUGUCUCUGCUAGUUUCUGCGUGUUAAUGGAAUCAAGAAUGUUUAUUCCUUGAGGCCGGCAGUUGAUAGACAUCCCAGAAAGGCUCCUCAUCCAACCUCAGGGACCUGCUACAACAUGUGUCGUGCCAUGUCAUUUGAGGCAGCGAAGGUGGUGGUGGAGCCAGCAUCCUGCCUUCAUGAUGAGGCUGUGAGUCUUAGUGUGGAUGGCCUUGAACCUGGACAAGAUAUAACACUGGAAGCUUCAAUGCCUGACAGUCGAGAAGUUGUAAUUUUUUCAUAUUCACAUUACAAGGCAGAUGAUAAUGGACGUGUGGAUGUCAACACCAUGGAGUCCCUCGGUGGUUCUUACAAGGGACUGUUUCCCAUGGGUCCCAUUGCCUCUCUGUCUCCAAUGUUACAGAAACACAAACACAGGCGAUUCUUUAAAGAAGAUGUGAAGAAGCCGAAUUUAGUGACCCUGGCAGCUUUUAAGGGCCAUCUAAAUUAUGAUGAAUUACUAAAUGGAAACAGAAGGGAACCAUUGUCAACAACCAGUCACAUGAGGCACUACAUGGCCCCGGGAGUCCAGCAAAUCCCAGUCCGUCAUGGAAACCUGCGUGGCUGCCUGUUUUUACCACCAGGUGAUGGUCCAUUCCCUGGUGUCAUUGACUUGUAUGGCAGUACUGGAGGCUUGGUGGAGCACCGCUCAGCUCAGCUUGCAUCUCGUGGCAUUGCCUCAUUUGCUCUGGCCUACUUUGGAUAUGACGAUUUGCCCAAGACUCUAGAAGAGAUUAAUAUUUCUUACUUUGAGGAGGCAGUAGAAUUUCUGCUGGAACACGAGAAGAUUGUAAAACCAAAUGUGGGUGUUCUUGGUUUGAGUAAAGGCGGUGAACUGGGUUUGUCCUUGGCCACGUUCAUCCCUGAGGUCACAGCUGCAGUUUCCAUUAAUGGCUGUAUAAGUAAUUCGAUGGUCAAGCUUAACUUACAUAGCCGUGCAAUACCUGGACUAAAAUAUGACAUUGAAAAAGUAGAGCUCAAGAAUGGUAUUGGGGACUGGUCUGAAGUUUGGAACAACCCAAUGGACUACCCUGAAACAAUCAUCCCUAUUGAAAAGGCAAAUGCAAAUUUCCUUUUCCUAGUUUCUUGUGAUGACAAAAACUGGAAAUCUGAAAUGUAUGCAGACAUAGCAGUUAAGCAUCUGGAGAAAGCUGGCAGACAAAACUAUCAGGUUCACAAGUAUCCUGAGGCUGGUCAUCUCAUUGAGCCACCAUUCUCUCCUUUCAACUGGGCCAUCUACCACAGAGUAUUGAGAGGAAAUAUUUUUGUUGGAGGUACAUUGAGGCCUCAUGUAGAGGCUCAGGCACAUGCAUGGGAGGCUACUUUGAGGUUCUUUAGGAAGCAUCUUCAGAAUUCUGGAGUCCAGAAAGGGAAGCUGUGACAUUCAUAAUGUAACUUGUCAGCCUCUUAAGUAUCAAAACAGAAUGUAUGUGUACAUUGGUAUAUGGCAGAUUAAGAUAGGUGAAAAUCAGAUUUUUUUUUUUUACAACAAAGGAGACAGCUCAAGGGCACAAAAAAAGGAAACAACAAUAAAAAAGCCUGCCACUCGCUGCUUCUAAAAAGAAUCCAAAGAGGUGGCCGAAAGAGGGGUCAAUUUCGGGAGGAGAGGUGUCCUGAUACCCUCCCCUUGAAAGAGUUCAAGUCGUAGGCAGGAGGAAAUACAGAUGAAGGAAGAUUGUUCCAGAGUUUACCAGCUUGAGGGAUGAAAGAGUGAAGAUGCUGGUUAACUCAUGCAUAAGGGAUUUGAACAGUAAAGGGAUGAGCUAUAGUAGAAAUUCGUGUGCAGCGUGUUGGUAUUGAUAGCACAGGAACAAACGUGAUUAAACCAAGGAUUUUUAGCAUGGGGAGUAGAGAAAGUACAUGGAAUGAAUGCCUCCAUUCCAUAGACAAUCACCUCUGUGAUGCGCUGGGCACACACAGAGGGGUCUCUCUCCUGGAAGCAGUAAUCAUCCCACGGGAAAUCGGAAAAGUACAUCCUCAGGUCGUCCCUCCGAGCUGAAGCAAAAUGCCAGAAGCAUCGCCUUAUCUUGUCUCAUAAUAUAAUCUGCAUAAUGAGCACAUUUCAUUAUGUUGUGCAGUGGGGCACCAUGUCUAGCAAUAACAAGAGUCUGGAAAAUCGUCGCUAGUUCUGAAACCGCUGGUUUAGUGGUAAUCGUCAAAUAGUAAAAAAUAAAUAUUAUCCAGAACUUUUAAGAUGACAUUUUUUGCUUAAUUUUACUUGAUUUUAACAACUAAUCUUACAUUUAUAUAUAAACAUAACUACUAAUAGGGAAAGGUAACAAAAAUGCCACUAAAAUGCUUACUUAGAGCCUGCAGCACUACCACCACCAUCGCCGCCCUCCUGGGCAGCCAGAUGCACAUUAGCCUGCCUCUGCAACUCACUCUUCUUGUCGGAAAUUUCGUUUUUAAAAUUUACCUCCCAUUAUACCAUAUAUGUACUGUAAUUAGGAAUGGAUUAUUCACUGUUUGGAGAUAUAGCACUUCGAAUAGUUAAAUAGUUGGGUAAUUAAAGUAAGUUUAUUAUAAUUCAAGUAAUUUACGACAGUGGUUUAGUCAGACCCCAUUUGUAAUAUGCCAGUUUUGGUCUCCCCACCACAAAGGACAUUGCUAGAUUAGAAGUGGUCUCCUCAUCAUGCAAAAGACGUUGCUAAAUUAGAAGGUGUUCAACAUCAGGCAACUAAAAUGAUCCCUUCCUUGUGCAACAAACCCUACGACGAAAGGCUCUCAGCCCUUUACGUGUUCUCUCUUGAGAAAUGUUGAUUGAAGGGCGAGAGGCAAAAAUAAAGGAAGAAAGGAGGAAGAAGGGAGGGAUACAUUGUGCACGAAAGGGGGUGAUAGAAUGUGGAGAGAGAGAGAGAGAGAGAGAGAGAGAGAGAGAUGGGGGGGGGAGGGGGGGAAACUGCAGGAACUUUUAGAGACAAUGACGUCCAAGGAUUAAGAAGUUUUUUUACGUAUUCGUA